AUGGCCGAUCCGCAAACCACCGCGGCGGCAUCGGCCCCUCUACUCGGCACCGAGCGAAACCACCCCGCCGCCGGCACCUCCGACGACCACGACGGCGGCCGUGACAACUACGAUGCCGACGUCGACGACGUCGAGGCCGACGGCGGCAGCGGCAGCACCUCGCCGUGGCGCCGCGCGUGCGCCCGCGCUCUGGCCUCGCGCCGCAAGCACUUCCUCGUCAUGGCCAUCGUCGCCCUCGACGUCGCCACGCUGCUCGCCAACAUCUUCCUGCAGCUCAUCGCCUGCGAGAUGCACCAGGCCGACGAGCCCUGGGUCGAGGCGGCGACGACGACGCUCGAGGUCAUCGGCCUGGUGUUUAGCACCGCGUUCAUGCUCGAGUUGGCAGCCUGCCUCUACGCAUUCGGAUGGGGAUACCUCUCGUCCAAGUUUCACCAGUUUGACGCCGCCAUCAUCAUCCUCAGCUUCCUCAUCGACAUCGGUCUGCGUGGCCCGGCGGAGUCCAUCGGCUCCCUGCUUGUGGUCCUGCGCCUGUGGCGCCUCGCCAAGAUCUCGGAGGAGGUCGUCCUCGGCGCGGCGGAGCGCAUGGAGAUGCUGGAGCAUCACAUCGACGACCUCGAGGCUGAGAACAAGCACCUCCGCGCCGUUGUGGCCAAGUCCCACGACCAGAGCCGCGACUCGAGGCAUCGGAACCCGUCCUUGCACUGA